AGUGUAAUUUGUAGAGGUCAGCACAAUCGUCGCUAGUAUUUGACAACAGUUAUCAAUAAGAUCACACUGUGAUCUCGCGUACCAAAACCAAACUAAACACACUUGUUUAUUCAACUUGAACUCUUGCCAUGUGCCCUUCGAAAUGAUGACCUCGAGAGCUGCGACAUCGAAGGAGUGAUAGUAAAUCAACAAAUCGCGCGCCCUAACCUAUAUUAUCGCCAUAUUAGAUUCUGAUGCAUCCGUUCCUGCGUACAACAGAAGAAAAUUUGUGGUCGAACAAGGCGCACAGUUGGAAAGUAGACGGUUUGCCGCGAAGGUCCGGCUUCAGGAUUCACAAACGCGAAAAGAAGAGGGGACGAAGUUGGGUGAACUAGCAGCAGUUAACGGAGGAAGCGACGCGACGAAUCGCGGAAAACGCCUGUCGUGUGUGUUUGUGUCUCUCGCGGAGGCCUUAAUUGAAGGGAAUUAUCGCCAGUGCAGCACCGACACGAACGUCCAAUCGACUCAACAGUCAGGAUUUCGGACCGAACGUGAUAAGACGGCUUUCGAGAUAAAGGCCGCGAUUCGCUUAUAUCGCCAGUACGCGUUCCAAACCAGUAUGUGUUUGUUGUUGGGCACAAAGAUCUUCUCCGUGGACACUUGAUAUCCACCCAUCUCUAUUAACGGUUGGUCGGUUGGUAAACAAGAUACAACCCCAAACAAAAGCAAUAGAAUAGGUAGAGUGGCGAAUAUAAAACAACGUAACGAGAAGAUUUCGCCAAGACGGCACUGCAAAGAAACGACAAAAUCAGAAGACAUUGGUUGGGUGUGCAGAAGACGGCUUCCGAAAAGGGGUCUGGACGGUGGUGACCAACAUCAACGACGAACAGAAGGAAAACGCGUUAACACCUUUAUCACGCGAUUAAAUGGAUAGCGAAUGCCACAAUUUGCACAUCAAGAUGAUGCACGUCGAUAAUAACUUGCUACAAAAUCAUCGUCAACGGGAAACGACAGGGAUCAAAAAACUCUACAAUUCGUUUUUCGUGAUGUUCUAAUGAAUGCGACCAUAGUUUCGGUCCCACAGUAGAUAGUCGCUUCUUCGGAUUUUUUUUUGUAGAUCUUAGAACGGGCCGAGCCCAAGCGCGCCGGUUCGGUUUGUUGUGGUAUUAUGGAUUUCCAAAUUUACGAGAACGCCGAGAUCAUCGUAGAGGACGGCGUCGAGAAGAACAAUUGGAAUUUGGCCAUAGACGUUAACAUGGAAAACGAGGAAUACUUUAACUGGACCAACGGGCUUAAGAUCGACGAAAGUCAGUUCGGUGGCGGAAAAAACUCGCGCAAGCGCAAACCUGAACACACGGUACCGGAAACGACCAAGAUCAAGGCCACAGCUGUUAAAGUUUUAAAAACUGCAGAUUCCAACAAUCAUCAAAAUUCCAGUAGGAAAGUGGAUUCCCAAAGUGGACCUUCAAGAAUGCCUCAGUGGCAAGUAGACGAUAUUACGGAUCUUAACGCCGAUAUUGAAGGCUUAGGUUCAGAAUUAUCCAAUACUUCGUAUAAUAUGAGCGAUUCUAUUUUGUCCAUAUCGGGAUUAACAGUUUUCAAACAAGAAGCUCCGUCGCCACCAAUUUCCAAUGAUGUCAAUACAAUUCAUAUUACCCGACAAAAUAAUACAGUUCCAGUCACGACUCAAGGAACAGUAAUCACAAGUGGAAACUCAAUAAGUGAUAGCAAUGCUAUAAUUAAUACAACGUUGCACCAAUUAUUGGGUCAAGCCGGUUAUAAUACAGGACUUCAGACGUCCAUCGAAAAUAGUCUGAUUCCCUCUUCACCUACUUUAUCGCAAGACGGUUUUGGUGUUGUUUCAAGUGCUUCAACAAUUGGAGAAGAUUGCAGAUUUCAAUACGUUCUAGCAGCUGCUACAAGUAUUGCAACAAAAGUUAAUGAGGACACUUUAACUUAUUUGAAUCAAGGACAAAGCUACGAGAUUAAAUUGAAAAAACUGGGUGAUUUAUCAACAUAUCGCGGAAAAUUGUUGAAGUCUGUCAUUAAAAUAUGUUUCCACGAACGCCGUUUGCAAUACAUGGAAAAAGAGCAAAUGAAAUUAUGGCAAAAUGCACGCCCAGGUGAUAAAAUCUUAGAAGUGGACAUUCCUCUUUCAUACGGAUUAUGCAAUAUCGUUCAAACCGGGUUAAACACUGUACAUUUUAAUUGGGAUCCAACCAAAGAAGUUGGAGUUUACAUAAAAGUUAAUUGUAUCAGUACUGAAUUCACAGCUAAGAAACACGGCGGAGAAAAAGGAGUUCCAUUUCGAAUUCAAGUUGAAACUUAUCAGGGAGCCGAGGGAAGCGAAACUCCAAAACGUCUUCAUGCGGCCGUUUGUCAGAUAAAAGUCUUCAAAUUGAAGGGUGCUGAUCGGAAACACAAACAAGAUAGGGACAAAAUAAUGAAAAGACCAGCUGCAGAACAAGAAAAGUUUCAACCAAGCUAUGAAUGCACAGUUUUAACAGAUAUAUCCUGUGAAUCACUCAAUUCGUUUUCACCAGUUACAUCAUACACAAACGAAUGUUCACCACCGGCAAAACCAUAUAUUCUACCAAUUGAGAAUUCUCCCAAGAACGAAAUAAUCGCACCGCCAUCGCCACCGUCUCCGAAAGUAACCAACAACGUCAUAAACGAUCCUUCGCCACCGCCUGUUCCUGUUGUUGACGACAGCAAAUCUUCUGAUUUUCUACUCGACGUAUCCACACCAGAACAAACAUUACGUUGGUUAACAACAAAUCGUUUCGAUAAGUACAUCAACAUCUUCUCCAGUUUUUCCGGUGCUGAUAUGUUGCGUAUGUCUCGUGAAGAUCUAAUUCAAAUAUGCGGACAAGCUGAUGGAAUCCGUUUGUACAACGCACUUCAUGUCAAGGCUAUAGCACCAAAAUUAACUAUUUACGUCUCUCUCGAACACACAAAAAUAUUCAAUGCCGUUUUCUUAUCAAACUAUAGCAGUAACGAGCUUAUUCAAAAACUUGCGGGGAUGCUUGGAGUUGGUGCCGAUAAGAUACGUAACGUUUACGUACAAGGACCUCAGGCGAUUCAUAUUUUAUUGAGCAAUGACGUUAUUAGUCGCUUCAAAGAGGAAUCGAUGUUCAAUUUGGACGUGUUACAAGAAAAUGAAAGCUAUGUGAUUCUAUUGAAACCAGCGAGUAAAUAAAAAUGUUAAACUUUGAACUUACAAAAGAAUAAUUAAGUUAUUCUAAGGGUGCAACGUCGUGGCAUUACAUCAAAGAUAAAAAGUACAAAUCAUCGAUUUUUUUUUAGUUGUUAGUGUAAUUUGAAGGGACCAUUUUUGGGGAUUGUUGUGUUUUGAACUAUUUUUUAGACGAAUAUAGUGAAGUUUAAUAAUAAAAAUAAGUGGCCUUGAGACAUGCCUUGGAACAAAGACAUUUUUUUUAGACUUCAAGGUUAUAAUAUUUAAGAUAAAUUUAAUUUUAGAUUUAAAAUGAUUUAUGUAUCCAUUUAAAGGUGCUACACAUUAACAAUUAAUUAAUUUUUGUAUAUGUAUUAAUAUUCAAUGAAUUUAAUCAAAACUA